AUGGCUGUGCCAAACAAGGGAGAUCUUACAGCAUCUGAGAGGAAACUUUUGCAAUUAGUUGAGACAGGUGAUGUGCAAGAGGCGGGCCAACUGCUUGCGAGUGAAGAUGUACGAGUCAACUGUUUGGACGAGUGCGGGAUGACUCCAUUGAUGCACGCGGCCUACAAGGGCAAAGCCGAUAUGUGCCGCUUGUUGCUACAGCACGGGGCUGACGUCAACUGCAACCAACAUGAGUAUGGAUACACGGCCCUCAUGUUCGCUGGCUUGUCAGGAAAGACGGACAUCACGUCGAUGAUGCUGGACGCCGGGGCCGAAACCGAUCUAGUGAACUCCGUGGGUCGCACCGCCGCUCAAAUGGCAGCUUUCGUCGGCCAGCAUGACUGCGUGACAGUCAUCAACAACUUUUUUUCUCGGGCAAGCCUGGAGUACUACACCAGACCUCAGGGGCUGGAGAGAGAGCCCAAGCUUCCUGCGAGCUUAGCGGGACCCCUUCACAAGAUUAUCAUGACAACCAACCUCAACCCAGUCAAGAUAGUGAUGUUGGUGAGAGAGAACCCCCUUCUGGUGGAUGUCGUCGCCCUGAAAAAGUGUUACCACGUGAUGGACCUGCUGUGCGAGCAGUGCGUGAAGCAGCAAGACAUGAAUGAGGUUCUGGCCAUGAAGAUGCAUUACAUCAGCUGCAUCCUGCAGAAAUGUGUGAUCUUCCUACAGAAACAAGAUGAUAAGUUGGACGCUUUAGUGAAAAGUCUCCUAAGGGGGAGAGACAGUGACGGCUUCCCACAGUACCAGGAGAAAUUCAUUCGCGAAUGCAUCAGAAAGUUCCCGUACUGUGAGACGACACUGCUUCAGGAGCUGGGCAACAACCCAACAGCGUACUCGGUGUUAACUCAGGCGCUGACGGGUCAGAUGGCCUUUGCGGAUGCCGAUUAUUGCGCCACAUGUGGAGAGCGGGGAGCUGAUAAACGCUGCUCCCUCUGCAAAUCUGUGACUUACUGCAGUUUGACAUGCCAAAAGCUCCAUUGGUUCACCCACAAAAAGAUGUGCAGGGUGAUGCAGGAGCAGAAUGCAGACCUGGAAAGGGACGCCCCAAAGCUGAAAGAGCUGAAAGAUGAUGAGAGCGACUUGGUAACGGAGACGGCCAACUUCCUUCAGGAAUUGUGCCUGCGGGCCGAGGAGACGGUGGCGGCUGCCGGCGGGUGCCCUGCCGAGCUGCUCGGCUGCCCUUCUGCCUCGCCGCAAGAACCGUCCGGUACCCAAGAAUGA